ACUGAGUCCUGCUGGCAGUUACUAUGAUCGAUAAUGGCGACUUCGCUGCGUUUAAUUCUAAAAUAUUCAUUUCUGUUGCUGUCUUCUUACUACACCCUGCCGUUUCUGGUGAAACUCUGUGUGGGACUUCUUAAUAAUUUCUUCGCCUCAUCCGUAUCCUUCAAUAUGGAUACGCUUUUCAUCAACUGGAACACCUCCUUUCCGGCCAUAACCGUUUGUGAGAUCUACAAUGGCGAGAAAAUUUGGGACGUGAGCGAGCAGUAUUUCGGCGCGAAUCACGAUCUGCAAUUGGACGAUUUUGUCGGUGAAGUGGUCUUUUUCCGUGGCACCUGUACCACAUGCGAUAGAUGCGAUUAUUUGAAAUGCCCACAGAACAUCACCGAGCUCUUGACACGGUUUCGCGGUAAAUGCGCACAGUUGUUGCUCAAUUGUAGAUAUAUAAAUAAACCGUUCAAUUGUUGCGACGAAUUUCUGCCGAUUCAAACCGAAUAUGGCAUUUGCUUUGCGUUCAACUCGAAUCAGGCACGUAAAAGCGCACAAAUGCAUUUCGCCAGUAGUCGUGAAACCGGUCCUGGCAUAUUGAAAUUUGAUGCCUCUGCGGACAUUCAGCUGCAUAUACAUCAACCCAUUGAUAUUCCACUUCCCUUCUUUGAGAGUACGAUUCGUGAAACAGUGUUGCUUGGCAGCACCAAAGAGAUCGUCAUCAAUGUCAUGGAGGUGUAUAACCAUCCCAGCGUGUAUCAACUCACGCUAGAUCAGCGUCGGUGCCGCUUCAGCAACGAACCCACAGAUUGGGGACUUGAAGUGGGUCUCUAUGAGUUCUAUAGCUAUUCCACUUGUAUUGUAGAGUGCGGUCUUAAAGCGCAGCUGGAACAUUGCAAUUGCAGCAGCCAUUUUCUAGCACCUGCAAUGAAACCGCAAAGUGGAUCUGUGCCCAUGUGCGAUUAUCGCGGCUUGAGUUGUCUCACAAAAUAUUAUGAGGACAUACAACUGGAGCGCAAAUCGUGUGAUUGUAUGAGUUCAUGUGAAGAACCUGAAUACACUAUAGUUUACAGUUCGCCGGAUGCUGACGGUGAAAGUAGUCUGGAGGUGACACAGGUGCAUAUCGCACUCAUUGAUCUACCAACGCAGCGUUAUAUUCGACGGGUCACCAAGACACCACUGGACUUGUUAAUUUUAAUUGGUGGCAUAGUUGGGCUUUUCUUUAACGCCUCCAUUGUGCGACUCAUUGAAGUUAUAUUUUUAAUCAAAGAGUACAACUGGAAUGGUUUAUGCAGCAGGAACAAAUAGGAGCGUAUUUAUGCACAAAAAAAAAUUUUCACAACAAUA